AUGGUGUUCAUUCGUGAACUACCCCCACACGGUACCGCCACCCCGCAUACCUCCCGCCCACCUUCUGUACUCUCAGGCUUCACGUCCUUCGCCAUCCCAAAGAGCACAUUCCCUUCCAUCCCCUCCCGCCCCAUGUCCAGCAUCACAGAGACUAUGAGGUCGGCCCACAUCACUCCCAUCCCUACGCCUCCUCCUCCAUCUCGUCCCCCGCCUACGACAACCUCAAUCCCCACCCCCACCCCUACCCCCAAUCCCACCCCGACUCCGUCUUCCCGGCCCGUUGCCCUCUCCAGCUUACACCCCACUCGAGCCGCCCAGCUGCGCCUUGGAUGGCCAGGUGGAGCGAUCACGACCCGUACACCCUCCCGUCGCAGCACGGCGUCCUCGUCCUCCUCUUCUUCAGCGCCGACCGCCACCGGCAGUAACGCCACCCCGCUCGCGAAUGGAAGUGGCCGUUCCAGCACGUCGACCAAGACGCGCCGUACGCGCCGCGCCUCCGUCCCCGCAAUGAGCGGUCCGCUUCCCACCACGGCUUCUCGCGCUUCGACACGCAGGGCCUCCGUUGCCGACGCUGACGACAAGGGCAACGAAGUCUUGACCUCGGAACCCGCCCCGCUCCCAGCCAACCCAGGCGAGUGGGCGGCCAAGCUCGCCGAGGACGAACGCCGCGCCUUCCCCGGUUGCUCCGAGACGCUGGCCGACAAGCUCCGUGCCGCCGAGGCCAUCGCCGAGCGCGAGUGGCAGAGUGUCGUGCAGCAGCGCGAGCGCGACCGCUUGGCGGCGCAGGAGCGGCAGACGGAGGAACGCAAGUGGGAGCGCCUCGCUGCCGAGGAACGCCACCACGCCGAGGUCGAGCGCGAGCGUACGCGUAACCGCGAGCGUGAGCGUGAGAUGCAGCGUGGUCGCGAGAUCGCCAUGGAACAGCGUGAGCGUGAGAGGGAGACGGAGCAGUUCCUCCAACGCGUCCAGUUUGAGAAUGAGAGGGAGUCCGAGCGCCAGCGCAACCUCGAGCUGGAGCGUGAGCGUGAGCGUGAGGUCCACCUCCGCUCAACCAUCGAGCGCGAAAGGGAGGAAUGGUGGAACGCCGCGUUCCGCCUCCUCCUGGACGACUUUAUGGUCGAGCAGGAGAUGUGUCUCCGUCGCGACCUCGCGCUCGCGCUGCGCGGCUACCUGUCGCCCUGGGUCGUCGAGCGUGAUAUGAACACCUUUAUCCACCGCUUCCGCCAGUUCCAAUCCGACACAGUGCACGCCGCCUCCCUCGCCCGGCGCGUAAACUACCCUCCCGCUCCCGACCUCGAGAACGAGGCCCUCUGGUGGCGCGCCACCGGCGCCAUCCUCAACGACUACACCGAAAAGGGCGUCGUGCUCGAGUUCGUUAUGCGGCGCGGCGAGGGCGUGCUCUCGCACGCGCUCCCGCGCGCGCUGAGCGGGGCUGUGGCCGAGCAGAGCAUUGGCGCCAACAUGGGCGUGUUUAUUAACGACUUUCGCGAGAUGGUCAAGGCAAUGGUUCUCUUCUGGGGCGCGUCGCGCUAUGGUGUUCGGCUUUGA